AUGGCCGCCCAGCCCUCCCUGCCCGGCCUCAUCCGCAAGAAGCGGGACGGGGAGCGGCUGGAGGAGCGGGACAUCCAGAGCUUCGUGCGCUGCGUGACCGACGGCACGGCGCAGCAGGGCCAGAUCGGCGCUAUGCUGAUGGCCAUCCGGCUGCGGGGCAUGGACACGGCCGAGACGCUGGCGCUGACGCGGGCGAUGGCGGCGUCGGGGCGGGCGCCCCCCUGGGCGCCGCGGUGGCGCGGGCUGCUGGCCGACAAGCACUCCACGGGCGGAGUGGGCGACAAGGUCAGCCUGGCGCUGGCCCCGGCCCUGGCCGCCUGCGGCUGCAAGGUGCCCAUGAUCAGCGGGCGCGGGCUGGCACACACCGGCGGCACCCUGGACAAGCUGGAGGCCAUCCCCGGCUUCUGCGUCACCCAGAGCCCCCAGCAGAUGCUGAGCAUCCUGGAGCAGGUGGGCUGCUGCAUCGUGGGGCAGAGCGAGGAGCUGGCGCCCGCUGACCGGGUGCUGUACGGGCUGCGGGACGUCACGGCCACCGUGGACAGCCUCCCGCUCAUCGUCGCCUCCAUCCUCAGCAAGAAGGCGGCGGAGCAGCUCUCGGCGCUGGUGCUGGACGUCAAGUUCGGGAGCGCGGCUCUGUGCCCCACGCAGGACAGCGCGCGGGAGCUGGCCCGCAGCCUGGUGGCGGUGGGCGAGCAGUUGGGCAUCCGCACGGCCGCGGUGCUGAGCCGCAUGGACCAGCCCCUGGGCCGCUGCGUGGGCAACUCGCUGGAGGUGCUGGAGGCCCUGGAGUGCCUGGACGGGGGCGGCCCCCCCGACCUGCGGGAGCUCGUCACCACGCUGGGGGGGCUGCUGCUGUGGCAGUGCGGGCUGGCCGGGGCGGCGGAGCAGGGCCGGGAGCGCCUGGGGAGGGCUCUGGACGACGGCUCGGCCCUGCGCACCUUCGAGGCCAUGCUGGGGGCUCAGGGGGUGCCCCCCGACACCGCCCACCGCCUCUGCGCCGGGACCCCCCCCCAGCGCCGCCAGCUGCUGGGGCAGGCGAGUGUCUGCGAGGAGCUGCCCGCGCUGCAGGGAGGUUGGGUGCAGGGGGUGGACGCGCUGCCCCUCGCCCAGGUCCUGCACGAGCUGGGGGCCGGCCGGGCGCGCGCCGGGGACCCCAUUAACCCCCGCGUGGGCGCCGAGCUGCUGGUGAGCCCGGGACAGCAGCUGAGGGAAGGCGACCCCUGGCUGCGCGUGCACCACGACGGCGCGUUGAGCGGCGACGGGCGCCGGACCCUGCAGCGGGCGCUGCGCGUGGCACCGGAGCCCACCCGCCAGCGCCCCCCGCGCGUGGCCGAGACCAUCCUGCCCGGGACAGCCCGGGACGGCUGCUGAGCCCACCCACAGCCCCCCGAACAACCCGGGACAGCCGCUGAGACCACCCUCAGCCCCUGAGCCCGCCCCCAGCCCCCCGAACAACCCGGGACAGCCGCUGAGACCACCCUCAGCCCCUGAGCCCACCCACAGCCCCCAGGA